CUAUGCGGCCUGGCUUGAUAACUAAAACUUGUGUCUCUGUGCCUGGUUGGAAUCACAAAACCAUGCAUCGCAAACGAAUUGCGCCAUCAAUGGUGCCGCUCUAUGUUUGUACCCUUAUCGUGAUCAUACUAUUCUCGAGCGCGAUCGACGAUGUCGCAGCCAGACGUGGACGCGCCAGAGGUCGCACGAAAUCGAGGAUGCAAAUCGGUCUGCCAAUUACCGGUAAAUAUCGCGACCCAGAGUCGGAUCAGUACUACAACAAUAACAAUGGUGCAAAGAUAACGUUGGCAUCACACUUUGACUAUGAAUACGUUCUGGGACACAAGAUUGCAUUUCUGUGUGUAGCCCGUGGAACACCGCGACCAACCAUUACAUGGUUCAAGGAUGGCGUUGAGAUCUUCAGCCACCUUUAUCUUCACGUACACGAAUGGAACAUUGGGAAGGACAAGGUAAAGUCGAAGAUAGAGAUCGAUCCGGCGACCCAAAUGGAUGCCGGAGUUUACGAGUGUACGGCAGAUAAUAUGUAUUCAAUCGAUCGACGAAGUUUUAAGACCGAUUUUUCGAUUGCGUUCGAUUAGUGAAGAAUGAGCCGGCUGAGGGUACUAUGGC